CUCACACCGUUAACUCCUCUUUCCUUUCGAUUUCGCGCGCUAUCCGUUACUGAUGGGCGCUUUAAAGCUCAGAGGGAAGAACCUGAAAGGCCAAAUCUAUUCAAUUCCAUGCAUGCAUGAAGAGACUAAGACUAGCCAACACUCACUUCUCUCGAAUCAAAACCCUUAUCUCCCAAAACUCUUAUCAGCAAGCUCUCAAAUCCUCACUCACUGUAUCUUGUUUUUCUCCUCUCCUUACUGAUCAAAUAUACGCUCUCUUCAUCAAGUCUGGCAACAAUCUUGAACCCUACCUUUCCACUGUUCUCAUUUCUCACUUCUCUAAACAAAAUGACCUUUCUCGAGCUCUCACUUUCCUUUUGGACACGCAUAACCCAGAUAUUAUCACCUAUAACGCCCUCAUUUCUGGGUUUGCCCGGUUUAGCCAGCCUGGGCCUGUUUUUGAGCUUUUUAAUGACUUGAGGCACCUGGGUCUGGUUCCUGAUGUGUUUACUUUUAGUUCUUUGAUCAAAGGGUGCUGCAGUUUGAGAGAGAAUGGGGUUGCACAUGGGGUUUGUUUGAGGCUGGGGUUUGAGUGUAGGGCGUUUAUUGUUAGCGGGUUGAUUGAGAAUUAUGCAAAAAAUGGGGAUAUGGAGUCGGCUGAGAGGUGUUUUGAGGAGUGCUUUUGUGUGGAUAAUGUGCUUUACACAGCUAUGCUUUGUGGGUAUAUGUGGAACGGGGAGUUUGAAAAGGGAAAAGAGGUUUUUGCUGAUAUGAGGGGUUUAGGAUUCGAAUUGAAUGAGUUUAGCUUAACUGGGGUAAUUGGUGCUUUAUUUGAUAUUAAGGAAGGGGAACAGAUUCAUGGGUUUGCUGUCAAAAAGGGACUUUUGUAUAGUUGUUCAAUGCAUUUGAAUAAUGCUGUUAUGAGUAUGUACUCCAGGUGUGGUAGUAAAGUCGAUGCUAUUAAGGUGUUUGAUGAAAUUCCUGAGCCAGAUGUUGUUUCUUGGACUGAGAGGAUAGGAGCAGCUUGUGAUGGUGAGGAAGCGUUGGAAUGUUUUGGAAUUUUGCAUUCUAUAGGUUUAGAUAUUAAUGAAUACAAUUUGAUCAAUGUUUUUUCUGCCAUUGGAGGAGCGAAGUUCUUGAAAGCAGCUAAGCAAAUUCAAGCACUUUGUCAUAAGACAGGGUAUUUGCAGGUGGUUUCUGUUGGCAAUGCAUUGGUGUCCAUGUAUGGGAAGUCUAGGCAAAUGCAUGAUGCUAGGCACAUUUUUUAUGAUAUGAUCUAUCGAGAUUCUGUUUCUUGGAAUUCUCUGAUAUCUGCAUGUUCUGAGAAUGGAUUUGUUAGUGAGGCGCUGGAGGUGUUCUCACAUAUGUCUGAUCUUGCACUGCAGCCCACCAUCUAUACUCUCAUUAGCAUUCUUGAAACAGUUUCCAACUUGAAAUGUACAAAGCAGGCAAUGCAAAUCCAUUCACAUGUGAUUAAAUGUGGAUUCAUGAUAGAUGAUUCCAUGGUUUCCAGCUUGAUAAUAGCAUAUGGGAGAUGCAAUAGUAUGGAUGACUCAAAAAGGAUAUUUGGUGAGAUUGAUGAGGUAAACUUGGCACAUGUGAAAGUGAUGAUGACAAAUUUGGUCCAUAGUGGGCUUUAUGCGGAUGCUUUGAAUUUGUUUCAAACCAUAUGGAGAUCAUGCCUUGAAGUGGAUGGCAAAACUUUUAGUAUUGUCUUUAAAGCUUUUGGUGCUAUGACAGAUAUGGAACAGGGGAGAGCAAUUCAUUCCCUAUCUCUAACAUAUGGAUUUGAUCAGGAUAGCUUUGUUGAAAGUGCUCUCAUUGACAUCUACUGUAAGUGCGGAAACAUAGGAGAUGCAGUGAAAAUAUUCAGGAGUAUGUCUACAGACAAUUUGGCUGGCUGGAAUGCCAUGGUAAUAGGAUAUGCUCAACACGGUUGUUGUCAAGAAGCUUUCAAGAUUUUCGAUGAGAUGUCUGAAUUUGGAGUUGAACCUGAUGAAAUAACUUAUAUCGGUGUCCUUACUUCAUGCUGCCAUGCAGGGCUACUGAAGAAAGCACGUUAUUACUUCAAAUCUAUGUUUGAACUUCAUGGAAUUAUCCCAUGUUUAGAACAUUAUGCAUGCAUGGUAGAUCUGCUUGGUCGAGUAGGACUCCUGGAAGAUGCAAAGGAGAUUAUAGAUCAUAUGCCUAUUCAACCUGAUGUUCAUUUAUGGCAAAUUCUUCUAUCAGCCUGCAGCAUCCACAGACAUGUUGAACUGGGGAGAGUUGCAGCUAGUAAACUUCUCGAGCUGCAACCUGAAAAUGAAUCUACUUAUAUUCUUCUAUCAAACCUGUAUGCUUCUGUGGGCAUGUGGGGUGCUGUUGGAAAAUUGAGAAAAGAGAUGAAGGAAAAAGUAGUACACAAAGAACCUGGUUCUAGUUGGAUUCAAGUGGGAAGAACAAUCCAUAACUUUUUGGUCGAUGACAUCUCACAUCCUCAAAAUAAAGAAGUUUACGUAGAGUUGAUAAGGCUGUAUGGGCAAAUGUUAACUUUGCCAGAGUUGGAACUUGAUGGUGUUUUUCUAUAGACCUAUGCUUUGUGAAGCUCAGGAAAUUUCCUUAAUUUCUAUAAAAUCCAACAGAUGUCCGUCACUUUUCUUAUUACAACAGAUAUCUAUCAGUUUGUCUAACCAGGAGGUUUUCCUGUGGGAAUGGUGGCGAUUUGGAGAGGCUCUGGAUAAAACAGAAACAAUGGAGUGAAAAGCAUUUGCUGCUAUCUUUGACUUUAUUUGCCCUCGCCUUGGAAGUGGCCUUGUGCCCAUGAAAUUCUUGCUGAAUGCAGUAGCAGGAAUGUCACUGACUUUGUCGUUCAUGAUGUCAACCAAGGUAUGCUAAUCAACUUUUUCUUUCUGGGGCUUUCUGGUUUGAUAAUUGUGGAUAUUUGAUUGUGUUGCUCACAUUGGGAGUUUAUAUAGUGAAGGAACAAGUCAUUGUAUACCGGGGGCUGGGGAUGAUUAAUCUGGUGGUGUGAAUAAAGACUUUUUCAGAGCCUCAGAGGUGAGGAGUUGGGAGGCAUGCCAGCGGAUUUGUCUGGCUGUAUAAGAUUCUUUUUAGCUCAACUUGAGACAAGUUGAGUUCAUGGCAUGAUUUGUCAAUUGAUUGACUGACAAAUGAUCCACAGUUUAAUAAGCAUAAUGAUAAUUUUGAGUCUACCUGACCAUGCACACGUGCAGGUUCAAGCGGUAUCCAGGAGCUCUCUUCUGGAUCUUGAGUUGGAUUUUACUUUUUCAUGAGGAUUACAUUGUCAGGUCGCACAACUUGCUCUCUGAGAAGUAUAAUAAGCGGAUGAGAAGUGUCAAUAACUACAAAGGCCUCAAUAGUCAACGAUACCAUUCUGAUUUGGAUUCAGUAAAUGGGUAAUGAUUCCUAAUACCUGGAGCUCUACCACCCGAAAACAUCAUCAUAUAGGCAAAAUCAAUUAGCUGGCAUGCCUCCUAACUUCCACUCGUUGCUAUAGCCUAUAAAGCCUACUCCUGCUGCUGCACACACCCUCCCAUUAGAAUAAUACCUCUUGUCUUUAGUGCUAAAUUUACUUAUUUUUUAUCUUUUCUUCCAAAAUAUUGUCUUGACCCUUUUGAAGGUCAAAAGAAAAGAAUCCAAUUGCAUGAGAUUUCUUUCUUUUGAAUGGAAUAUCAUAAAACUAAAGAGGGUUCUAUAUCAUACUUUAUCUCUAAGGGUCUAAAAUCUGCAGUAUUUGAAUGAAAAUGUAGUUCCCUAAUCAAUUCGUGAUUCUCUCUCUGUGUAAUACUUAUCUGUUCUCAUCAUUGAGCACAAAUUUCCUUCAUUUCCAA